UCUUUCUUCCUUUUUUCACACUUGACAGGAUAUGUCGAGGACUGCAAUUGUUACCUAUUUGGGACUUCGUCAUUUAUUCAUGCGUGGAUAUUAUUUUGUUUAAUUUCUUUUUUAUUUAUAGAUGAACAAUGACUACUGCUGGUCAGGUUAUAAGAUGCAAGGCAGCUGUUGCUUGGGAGGCCAGGAAGCCUCUGUCUAUUGAAGAAGUGGAAGUGGCCCCUCCUAAAGUCCACGAAGUCCGAAUCAAGGUUGUUGCUACAGGUGUGUGCCACACAGACUGGGAAUACCUGAAUGACACGGAGAAAAGGAUGAAUUUCAGACCAUUCCCUUUGGUUCUUGGCCACGAAGCAACAGGAAUCGUGGAGAGUGUUGGCCCAGAAGUCACUGGAUUCUCGCCUGGAGACACAGUUAUUCCUCUUUUUCUACCUUACUGCGGGGACUGUGAACGGUGUAAAAGUGAAAAAACAAACCUCUGCAGGAAGAACUGGGCAAAUACACAGGCAGGUGUACUGGCUGAUGGCACAAGCAGGAUCUCUUGCAAGGGGCAGCAGGUCUACCAGUUUCUCGGCGUCAGCUCUUUCUGUCAGUACACAGUGGUCCCCGACACGUCUCUGGCGAAGAUAAGGGAGGAUGCGCCGCUGGACAAAGUCUUUCUGCUAGGCUGUGCUGUCUCCACCGGUUAUGGUGCUGCUGUUAAUGCAGCCAAGGUUGAGAAAGAUUCCUCCUGUGCCGUGUUUGGCCUUGGAGCAGUUGGACUGGCUGCCAUCAUGGGCUGCAAGGCUGCCAGGGCACAAAGGAUCAUAGGGAUCGACAUCAACAAGGACAAGUUUGAGAAGGCCAAAGAGUUUGGAGCCACUCACUGUAUCAACCCCAGAGACCACAAAAAGCCUAUUCAGAAAGUCCUGGAAGAGAUGACCGAGGGAGGAGUGGACUACGCCAUCGAGUGCGUUGGAAGUCCAGCAAUCAUGAGUGCUGCCCUUGAGUCCACAGCAGACGCCUGGGGAACCUGCGUCAUCGCUGGGUGGUCAGAGACGGAAACGGUGAAUGUCCAGAUCAUAAAGAUCCUCAUGGGGCGCACCUUGAAGGGGACGUAUUUUGGAGGCUGGAAGAGUGUGAGGGAUGUGCCUAAACUGGUGGACCUCUACAUGGAGGGGAAGCUGAAACUGGAUGAGUUUAUAACCCACAACUUCCCUCUGGACCAAAUCAAUGUGGCCUUUGACCUUUUCAAGAGUGGUAAAAGCAUUCGUUCUGUCAUCAGCCUGCAAGACCCCAGAGUGGAAGAAAAGCCAGCAGGAGCUACUUCAUGAGGAGAACAAUUCUUUUUCUGAUAUUUAAAUUAUAUUUUCCACAUCUUCAUUUAGUUGCCAUUUUUGAUUUUGUAGUAAAUUGCUGCAGGUUACCACUAGAUGGAUAUAUAUCAAGAAAACACUGCAAUGUUUCUGUCAAAUAAAAGCGUCUAACCUAAGCAGCCCAACUUGGAGAGAAUUUGGCUGGAAGUUGAGAGUGAGAUAUUUUAAAACUCCUCUGGUGGUAGCUAGAUAUGACAAUAAGUGUUCCUCCCUUUGUCUGAGGGGUUGUGGCAUGAUAGGGGACUUCUCUCACAUUUUUUGGGAUUGCCCUAAAUUGCAAAAAUUCUGGGAGACUGUGAAGCGACAAAUACGUGAGAUUUUGAAUUUAAAUAGACCAAUAAAACCACAGCAACUCAUUUUGGGUACUGUACUGUUAACAGAUUUAGGGAGAAAUUGUGCGUUUAUGCUCAGGGAUCUUUUGUUGAUUGCACAUAAAAUGAUCACAGUAAAUUGCCUUAAGCCUCAUCCACCCACACUGGACCAGUGGACCCAAAGACUUAAGGAUGUUAACUGUUAAACACAUAACGGCAAAUCUUCGACUCCAGACGGACUUGUAUCUUACACAAUGGACACCUGUUAUAAUGUAUUUAGAGAAGUGAGAAUAUAGUCUCUGUGCAACUGGGCUAGUUGGAUUUUCUUUUUUUUAUUAUUCUGAAAUAAGUGGACUUAUGAACAAUAUCCUUCCACCUCUUGGCAAUUUGAUUGUCUAUUUGGUACGAUGUCAUUUUGAUACCAAGCUGAGUAUUUCUACCUGUCAUACUGUGUGAGACUCUGUCUAGGAACUGGUUCUAAUAAAUGUUCAAUCAAAAAAAAAAGCAUCUAACCUUGUAAAAACAGUUGCUUUCAGUAUGUAAGAUUUUAGUAUUUUAAAUCUGAUUAACUAAUUGAUCACAGACUUGAUGAAAACGGUUUGAAAGGACACUGCGCGUUCACCACUGUUAUGGAAAGUGAUCCGCGGCGUAAUUCAUAAACACACAUAUCUGUCAUACUUGGCCUCUACAGGGACAGUUAUUCUGGUCUGGGUCGUCUUCCCUUUAAAAGAUGGGCUAAAAGACACAGGGACCAAAUGGCAGAAUUUGUUAUCGGCCAUGGAGAAAUAUUUGCUUCAUGUGGUCCGGGCUUAGCAAAUUUUGUCCUUGGUAAUAUUAUAUAUUGAUUUUUUUUUUAAUUGAUUCACUAAGAAGCGGGGCUCAAAUAACAGUUGUGGAGUGUCACGGGAGAAGACAACAUUGUUUGGGGAAUGCCUCUCAGUGAAGAACCAUAAUAGAUGUCAAAGGAAUUUGUUUUAUUGGAGCGCCAUUCCGAUCAGAGGAAUACCCUUGACAUUUGCCCAGAUUUUUCAUCUCCCCCUUUUUUUCUUUUCUUUUUUUUAUAUGGAAAAUAAAUUGGUUGUUUUCCCUUUAGGUCUUCUGCCCCUCUAUCAUUAAUCACAGCGUAUACAGCUUAGAUUACGUCCUUCUACCAAAAUCUAAAUGUAAAGAAAGCUUUUAAUGGGUAGAGAGCAGAAUCAUGCAGAAAACAGAGCAGCAGAAGGGGAUGAAAGAUCACAGGGAGAGGAGGACAGGUGGCCGUGCAACUGGGCACCAUCAUCUGUAAACGUAAAAGUCUUUCUCGCGACGUGUCUGAAUGUUUGCCUCAUCUAUGGGAAAGAUUCAAAGCAAUGAGCAUAAAUCUCCUACCUUUUUCUUUUUUUUUCUUCCCUCUUUGCUUUUUGAUCCCUCUCCCAUCAGGAAUUGUCACAGCAUUGUGCAACUGAUACAGGUGGGACGUGCAAUCUGAAUCACAAGCACGGCAUCGCACACAUUUUUAAAAGUCCUUGUUGAUUUUAAAUAUAUUGCUUUUUUUGUUGUUUAUCAAAUAAAGAUUUAAUGAGAGAAUUUAAUUCUAGUAGAAAAGGGGCAAAUUUAGGAGUAGCACCAGCAAAUUUGUGUUUGUGAAUAAAGAAUUUAGCAUAAAUAAUGAGAAAAUUCAAUAGGUGUUCAAGAGCACGAUAUUUAGGAUAAUCAAAGUAACAAAUCAUAUCUUUAAUGUUAAGUAAAUGAACAGAUUUAGCAGCAUUGAAACAAUUAAACUCAAGAUCACUCCAAAAUGUUUUGGAUAUGUCAGUGAAAAAAUAAAUGCAGAGAUGUUUCUGUUUCGUUGUUACAAAAAGUGUAGGAGUCAUUAACAUCUGUAAAUAUAGCAAUGCUACAGUUGAAAGGGUAUGUGUAGAAUUUUGAAGUGGACUUCUUUUGCUUUGUUUGAGAUGAAAUAUUUAUGUGGUAGCCACAAAGUAGUGAAAUAACAGUUGUUGUAGUUUUAAAAAAGAAAUCACACAGAAAGCUUUUAUAAAUCAUCUGUUGAAUUUCGUCCAAGUUCGUGUUGUUUUUUGGUCUGUAUCUCUUCAAAAGUGGCAGCCUUUGUGCCACAAAUAAAAUGUAUACUUUGGUAUUCUGCACAGACAGAUGAUUCAAUCAGAUGUUAACUUUUCUGCAGGAUAACAAUGUAAUAUAACUCAAUACCAUUAGGGGGGAAAGUGUUUCAAACAUCAAUCUUUUUUGGUUAGUGAGUCAAAGGAUAGAGUUUAAAAUCUUACUGCUGGUCUAAAAAGCACUGAAUGGUCUUGGACCAAAAUACAUGCUUGAUCUGUUAGUUCCUAUGAAUCUCCCAGACCCCUGAGGUUCUUCUGGAUCUGGUUUGUUGUGGUUCCCAAGAACCAGAACCAAGCAAGGUGAGGCAGCGUUCAGUUAUUCUGCUCCUCACCGGGGGAACAAACUUCCUGUAGACCUGAAGUCUGCUCCAACUGUAGAUCCUUUAAAUCAGGCCUAAAAACAUUACUGUUUACUGAAGCGUACUCCUGAAUUAAAUACUGACCUGCUGUAUUCUACUUAUACUGCCCUUAUUUUUAACAACUUUUAACAACUAACAAAUUAUUUUACCUAUUUUCUUUUAUUUUUCUAUUAUCAUUUUAUUUGUUCUUUACUGUU